UUUCUUUUUUUUUUUUUUGGUACCGAGCGGAGAGGAGCUGCACACGGCACUCGAGUGAGAGUGCAGCUUUCAGAAGAGUUGGAAACAGUAGCAUCAAGACUGGGGGCCAAGCCUAUUGACCCCCAUCGCUGCUAAUUUCACACAUCUCAUUCAAGGGCCCACAGAGGGAAUCUGAUGUUGGGGACAAUGCGAGUCCAGAUACACACAAGAUUUUGUUUCCUAUGUGUGCUCACCUUCAUCUACCAUCAGUCCAGCCACUGCCAUGAAGAAGGGCAUCAUCAGCACCACGGUCAUCGCCAUAUCAACCACACCCACAAUGAUCUGCAGAUUUCCGAGGCUCCGUAUGUGAGAAAAUCUAAUCCAACUGCAGAGUCUGGAAGUCCUGAAGGGGCAUCUUUAGAGGAGGAACAGAACUUCUAUAUCCAGCAGUUGUUCAGGCGUUAUGGGCAGAAGAACAAGCUAGAUUUCCACGGAUUUCAGAGUCUCCUUAUUAGUUUGGGUCUGGGUGAAGUGAAAGUGGUUGGUCUGGAACAUGAUGAGCUUGGUCAUGACCAUGUAGCUCACUUAGACAUUCUUGAUGUGCAAGAGGGAUCUCACUCACACACUGAAGGUCACGGCCAUGACCAUCCACAUCACAAACCCAACUCCCGCCAUCCACGCACAGAACAAGAUCCCACAGAGUGCAGCCACCAGACCACUACUGCUAUCACACCUGGUGUAUCAAAAGAACACUCCCGCAAACAUAAUCACGAUCAUAAUCAUAACCACAAUCACCCACAUGAUGCACAACAUAAUCAUGAUCAUCCCAAGGAAGAGAACAACGAACAUUCUGAUGAACAUUUGAGUGACAAACCUGAUCCUGUGCAAACAAAAAACAACACAGAUAUUGUUCCCACCAACCAAGAACAGCUCUCUUCCCAGCUUGACUUGACUCAUGUCAAUCAAGAGCUGCAGUCUUCUCCUGCCCCUAUAGACACCAAGCCCAAGAAGCCAAGAAAGCCAGGAAGGGUCAGAGGACAAAGGGGUCAAAACAAAACCAUUUCAACUUCCACAUCACAGUCUAAUAAUCAUGACCACAAACACAGUCAUGAUCAUGGUCACAGCCAUUCUCACAAAGCUAAAAGAGAAGCACCAGGAGGACCUGACACCCCUAUAGUUCCGAGCCCUGUUUUGCCUGGACAUGCAAGUGGCUUGUCUCACCAUCAUGAGGAGUGUUUAAACCUGACUCAGCUCCUCAACUACUAUGGGCUGAGUCCUGAUUCGCUCAUCUCGCCAAACCAGUUUGCCUAUCUGUGUCCUGCCCUGCUGUACCAAAUAGACAGCCGUGUGUGCAUUCGCCAUUAUCACCAGAUGGACGUGGAGCAGAAAGCUUUGGAGAAUGUCAGCUCUGUGUGGACCUGGGUGUGGGGCUUUGUGUCCAUCACCAUCAUAAGCCUGCUGUCUCUGCUGGGUGUUGUUCUCGUGCCCAUCCUCAACCAGUCCUGCUUCAAGUUCCUUCUCACCUUUCUUGUAGCCCUGGCUGUGGGCACACUCAGCGGAGACGCGCUCCUUCAUCUGCUGCCUCAUUCUCAAGGGCAGCAUGACCACAGUGACCCGAGCCAUGGCACCGAUCUGGCAACCGACUUUGAUGGAGUGUGGAAGGGCCUGACUGCGUUGGCCGGCAUUUACUUUCUCUUCAUUAUCGAACACUGUAUCGGCAUGUUUAAGCACUACAAGGAUCAACAGGGCAUGAAGAAAGCGAGUAAAGAGGGAAAGAUUGGAAGCAAGUUGUCGGAUCACAGAUUAAGUCACUGCUCAGAUGCAGAAUGGGUUCACUUGAAGGUGCUCAGUGAUGACCCUGACAGCAGCACCGUCCCCUGUGACAAUGAUCACAAUGACACUCAACUCACAGAGCUUCAGAUACUUGACUCUCCCACCAACAAGACGCCACUGAACGCUGCAAACUCCAAGGCGUCACCCACGAAGGUGAAUGGACACAAGGCCAAGGUGCACAGUCACGGACACGGCCACUCGCAUGGUGGGAACUGCCACUCAGAUCAGGAGAUGAAGGACGCUGGUAUAGCCAGCAUCGCCUGGAUGGUCAUCAUGGGCGAUGGCAUGCAUAACUUCAGUGAUGGGCUGGCCAUAGGCGCUGCAUUCAGCGCAAACCUCACAGGAGGCAUCAGUACUUCAGUGGCUGUUUUCUGCCAUGAACUACCUCAUGAACUUGGUGACUUUGCAGUGCUGCUGAAAGCGGGCAUGUCGGUGAAGCAGGCCAUUGUCUACAAUCUGCUGUCGGCCCUCAUGGCCUACGUGGGCAUGCUGAUUGGCACCAGCGUGGGCCAGUACACCGACAACGUCACCAGCUGGAUCUUCGCCAUCACAGCCGGAAUGUUCCUCUACGUGGCUCUGGUGGACAUGCUGCCAGAGAUGCUGCACGGCGACAGCGAGGAGCACAAGCGCUGCCAGCUGGGUCACUUUGUGCUGCAGAACCUGGGCCUGCUGACCGGCUUCGCCAUCAUGCUGCUCAUCGCCAUCUUCGAAGACCGCAUCGUUUUCGACUUUGGCUUUUAGUGUUAGUUUUUUUUUUUUUCUUUCUUUCUUUUUCAAAGAGGAAGAACGUGAAGUCUGAAGUAUUAGUAUUUUUCUUCUUGCCCGCGUGGUGAGUCGCGUUCAAACAACCCGUGCCUCCAUUCCAGAAAAUCUCAUGUUUACGUGCACGCGGAGGUGCAUGCUCGCCAUCGUCCCGUGUGUCCGCGCGCACCUGCGGCGUGCUCGUCGUCAUCCCUCAUCAGGACGCCGCGUCACGGCCGAGACCCGGCCACUGGAGCGGCGCCGCAGCUGCAGCCGACGCCACCUGAAACACUUUUCGACGAGUUUAAACACCUUUUUUUUCCUCAUCAUUUUUCCAGUUAAAAAGUGGAACUUGUGUCAGUGGAACUUGUGUGUUUGUGUCAGUGUCCCACGCCCACACAAAACGUGGGUCGUUCUCCUUCAUGAUCACGCUCAUUGUUUUGCAAAAGCAGAUAGAUAGAUAGUACUUUAUUGACUCCUUCAUGGAGAGUCCCCUUAGGAAAAUUACAAUUCCAGCAGCAGUGUACAGAAUUGAGAUCAAAUUUAAAAAGUAAAUAAUGGGGGUAUAAAUGGAAACAAAAUAUAAAAAAUAAAAAGCAACAAUGAGAAUAAAAAUAUAACAGUAAAAUAAGAAUAUAACAAGAGAAACUAGGCAGUAGUGAGCAUGUUAUGAAAAUGUAUUGCACUGUUAUUGUUUAGUUUAUUAUUCUUCGGUCAACAAAAUAAACAAACUGUUAAAAAUUCAUAGAUUGAAAAUGAAAAUGUUGCAGAGUUAUAGGGUUAGGUGCAUAAAUGUUCAACUUCAGCCUAAACUCUUUCGGUCUGCAACAUUUUCAUUUUCAAUCUAUGAAUGUAGAACUGUUUGUUUAUUUUGUUGACCAUUGACCGAAGAAUAAUAAACUAAACACUGUUAUUGUUUUGCAUCCCCGGUCAUCCUAGUCUUCCCCCCCAGACAGGAGUUGUACAGUCUAAUGGCGUGUGGGAUGUGGUGGAUUGUCCAGAGCUUAAACAGCAACAAAAGUGAAUUUAGUACAAAAAGUGUAUUUACCCAUUAUCAAGUCAGAUUGAGCUGUCCAUGCAGACACACAAACGUCCUCCGGAGGACACACAAAAGCAAUCUCUCUCGAGUCCCGGUCUCCUGCCAGUUUUAUCUGUCUCUUGUGCGUCACUUCUGACGCAGAUGUUUUUUCAACAUCCUUGGAUUCCUUAAUCAUACUUAAACAAUCAAAACAUUCUGUAGACAGGUUGGCACGACUUAAUAUUCACUUUUGUCCCACACCCGGGGACACAGAAUAGAAGAGAAAUUAAAUGAGCAUACAUUCUUGACAGACAUGAAAUAUAGGUCAAAGGUCAGAAAUUCUACUACAGGGACAAAGGAGUUUUUUUGAGUAUUAGUCCUGCACUGAUUUGUGGUUGUCAGAUAAAUAAAAUAAAAAAAAGUGGGCGUGGAAACAGGAACCGCCCCUUUAAAGCUUUUCUCACAAAAUGAAUAAGAAAUGUCGCACAAACUGAGUAAGAAGUCCAUCCAUUUUCUACCGCUUGUCCCUUUUGGGGUCGCGGGGGGUGCUGGAGCCUAUCUCAGCUACAAUCGGGCGGAAGGCGGGGUACACCCUGGACAAGUCGCCACCUCGUCGCAGGGCCAACACAGAUAGACAACAUUCACACACUAGGGCCAAUUUAGUGUUGCCAAUCCACUUAUCCCCAGGUGCAUGUCUUUGGGGUAAGAAGUCAACAACCUGAUUUAUUUUCAGCAAUUCUCUUUCACAAGCAAAGGUGCAAGCUUUUUCCCACUGAUGUCGACAUGACGUUCCACAAGUUCCACUGCCAGAUGGUCAGCAGCUUCAAUAAACAUCAACAUUCUCACAAAACAUGCCAUUCGGAUUUAGGUGCGUUUGAUUCGGUGACCAUGGUCGUGUUUCUUUCAUCAGACGGGGUGUGGCGUCACGUCGGCAACUGUCCGUGCGUUUUUGAGCGCCUAAAAAGUUUUUCCUACUUUUGACAAUGGUGACUCAACCAAUUAUCAACAGUCAACGUUCCUCACGCGUGAAAGCCGACCUACGACCCCCACCAUCGGUCUCCGCGGGGGGUGGUCAUUUUCCCGUCUGAACGGACCAAUGGUGUGACCUCAGUGGCUGGUGCUUGACAUGACCCCCAUUACCUUCCUCGCCGUCUUCGUGCUGACAUUCCGUCGGUUGUUCUGCUGCUUGAACACAAGUUGUGUGUGUGUGUGUGUGUGUGUGUGUGUGAUCCUGUCACUGUGUGACGCGGCGCUCCUGUGACUGAUCUUACUGUAGCAUGAGAGCGACGAUGCAUACUCGGUGUUAACUGUCAACUUCUUUGUACUGCCAACUUCCAUCGUCCACACACUUUUGACUGUUUUGCUGUGAAAAAGUUGAACACUUGACGGAAUCGUCCGAUUCUUUGAUGCGACUCGUGUUGGGGGGGGGGGACAGAAUGUCGUUUUUUGUUUGGAAGUAUUUUGUUGUUCUUAGUUUUGAGUAAAUCGUAGUUUUUUUUUUGGUUUUAACUGUUCAAAUUUCACUGACUCAAAAAAAAAAAAAAUCAUCCGCUAAAUGAAGAUCAGCCAUCCCAUGCUGUGUUGUAAUGUCAAUCUGAAAUGCAACAUUUGUUUGCAUAUCUGCCUUUUAAAAAUGGACAAUAAACUGAAAAGAUGA